CUAACAUUUAACAACUUUCCAAGGCUGAUGAUGUUACAUGUACCUAUACGAGUACUGAUAGACGCUCGCACAUGGGAGAUGGAUGGGAAUUGGGAGGUGAGGCUCAAUUCAAUCGCAAUUGUGAAUCUGGGAGUCGUGCUGCCCAAGACUCUGAUGUGUCUCUGGAUCAACCUUGAUGGGUUUGAAUUUCCAGCCGAAGAUUGUCCAGGAACUGAGCCCCUGCUUGAUGAGGAAGGUCUUAUCCGAGUCAUUUCCAGUUUCCUGCAUAGCCGACUUGCAUGUACGCCCGUGCUUGAGACAUUGAAGCUUCUGGUCUCCCAAAAGCCUGCGCUUGUUUGGGAUCAAUGGAAUCCUGACGUGCUAUCCAACGCCUUAGUAGCUCAGGGUGUUGAGACUGGUGUAGAUGUG